UUCUGGAAUUUUUCAUUAAUUUAUUAUGUAAUAAAUAUAUUUUCAUGUGAAGUAUAUUUCUGUUUCUUUAGUUUCUGUUUCUUUCUAUGUCUCGUACAAUAUCUUUCUAAUUUUCUCUUGAACUCUUUCUUUUCUCUACUCUAACCUUUACUAAAGGAUGCUCCACUUACAAAAGCAUACUCUCUUCCUGUUGGCUCUCACCUUGAACACAAAUUACUUGGAGACAAAAAAACUAAAUCGGGCCAAGAGAAAAAGUCAAAAAUUAUGGGCAAUAUAUCAAAUGUUGGAAAAUCUGAAGAUAGCACUAUAAAGUAUCCUCAAAAGGAAGUUUCUAAACAAGCAACACCACCACCGACUGAAGGUCAACUUAUUGACCUUGGGCCAUCUACGUAUGUUCGCAAAGAAUCGACCAGCUUACGAACUGGCACAGAACGUUCCCUUAGUGACACAGCUGCUGUGAUUUGGGAUUUGCAUCGUGGAGAGCAUCAGAUGCCAUCCAAAAGCAAAGAUAAUAUCUUAGCUGCAUCUGAUGUGAGAAUUAAUGAGCUGCCUAGGGCUCCACUUAAGGCAUCACCUUUGAGAAACAUAUUCUUAAGAGUUGGCUCGAAGAAAGGUGUGUUUCCUUUAAAAGAAAUAAAAGAACAUCACGGUUCAAAAGGUUCUUGGAGAAAAAUGCUGUUCAAUCGUGUUCAGAAGCAGUAUACCAAAGAUAUUGUGUUUGGUGAAGUUUCUGAAGAAAAGAGAGUUGAACCUCCCAAACAUUCAUCUUCUCAUUUAAAAGCUUUGUGGAAAAAAGCCAUAAUGGAACAAAUUAUACUCAUUCGACUUGAAAGGGAACAGAAGAAAUUGAAAUUGAAGCAAGAUAAAAUAUUGGAAAAACAUUUAAAGCUUGAUUAUGAAGUCAUAUCUCCAUGUCCCAAUGAUGCUGUUAAGAAAUGGGAAGAAGUUUUCUCAUCUGAUGGAAAUUAUGCUUCAUUAGAAUCUGCAAUUAGAUAUGGUGUGCCUCGAAAGAAGAGAGGAGAAGUAUGGUUGUUUUUAGCUGAUAAAUAUAGCAGUUCUAGGAAAUGUCCGCCCGUAGACAGUACUCCUUAUCAUGAAUUGCUUCGGAAGCUUACUCCUUAUCAACAUGCAAUUUUGGUUGACAUUGGGCGAACAUAUCCUGGUCAUCCAUAUUUCAAACAAGUUUUGGGUUCUGGCCAGUUAUCUCUAUUUAGCCUUUUAAAAGCAUAUUCUGUUGUUGAUGAAGAGGUAGGGUAUUGCCAAGGGUUGAGUUUUCUGGGAGGAAUACUGUUGCUUCAUCUCGAUGAAGAGAAAGCUUUUCAUGCUCUAAAACAUAUAAUGUUUACUUUGGGCUUGAGAAAUCAAUACAAGUCAGAUAUGGCUGCUUUGCAGGUACAAAUGUAUCAACUUGCCAGACUCAUUCAGAACACUGCACCCGAGGUACAUGAAUUAUUUGAUAAGUACGAAGUCUCUCCUAUGCUUUAUGCAGCACCAUGGUUUCUCACUUUAUUUGCAUCUCAUUUUCCCAUUGGAUUUGUUUCUCGCCUACUUGACAUGUUGUUUCUGCAAGGAAUGUCUGUGAUCUUUAAAGUUUCAGCUUUAUUACUGAAAGUCCACCAGGCUCAGAUAGUGAAAUGUAAUUCUUUUGAAUCUAUUGUGUCAUACUUAAAAACUACAUUACCCUCCAGUGGCCAUAUUGGAAUGGAAAAAGUCCUUGAUCAAGUUUUAUCUAUGGAUGUUGAAAAAGUGUUAUUAACAUAUCAAAUUGAAUACAUGGUGUUGAAAGAAGAAAUGUCUGAAGUGAAUUCAGAAUCAGAACCUAUGUCUUCCAUGAAAAAACAAAUUGAAACUGAGAAUAAAGAUCUUCAGAAACAAAAUACAGAGCUUUCUGAUCAAUUACAGGUUGCUUUGAAUUCAGUCACCAAACUAGAAGCAUCUGUAACUACGUAUCAAAGCACCAUUCGCAAAUUGGAAUCUCACGUAAGAACUCUACAAGAUGAAAGGGAUGCUUUACACCACAGUGUCAAUAUACUUAGAAAGCGUUUAGAGAGUUUAGAGAAUACGGCUCUCCCAGAACCUGAACUGUCAUCUUCGUCUCAGGCUACUCUUAAAUAAUUUAUUAAAAAUUUUAUUUAUAAUUUCACUAUUUUUUUCUUUAUUGUUGAGUUAUAGACUCAAUAUUAGGUGUUUAAUUUUUAAAAAAAAUUACUAAUGUCAUCAAGAACAAUUCAUAAUAAAUAUUGUUACCUUCCUUAAAAUUACCAUAAGGGAUUUUUAGAAAGAGGAACAAUUUUAUAUAAUGUAAACGAAAGGCAUUAUUUAUUAUUAAGGCAGAUUUAAUGUUAUAAAGGCGAUAUAUAUA